GAAAAAGAAGAUUCUUCCAUGAUGAAAACUUAACCUUAUCAAUUUUGUCACGUUCUUUAGCUUUCUUUCGGUAACUUAUUUCUUCGUGAAUGUUACAGUACAAUAGUUUAUUUCGUAUAUUUUAAAUUUCAAUGGUUUACAAGAGAAGAAAAUACCACUACGGUGAUACUCAUCUCAAGAAAAAGUGGCGAACGAAAAGGAGGACCAAAGAUUUAGACCAGAUUGACGAAGAUUUAAAGCCUCAAAAUGCCGAAAAAUUAUUAAAUCAAGAAACAGAUCUUGAUAAGCCUGGUAGUGCUCAGUUUUAUUGCAUUCAUUGUGCAAGGUACUUCAUUAACAAUACAGCAUUGGAAGACCAUUUCAGAACUAAAGUUCAUAAACGAAGAUUAAAAGCAUUGGAAUUAGACCCAUAUACAAUAGAAGAUUCUGAAAGAGCAGCAGGGCAUGGUUCAUUUAAUUUUCCUGAAAAGAGGAAAAUAGAAACACAACCUCAUAAAGAUGAUGAAGUUCCCAGUAAAAGAAUUAAACAGUAACUUUUGUAAACACAUUU